CUGAGAGCAAUCAAUUGCGAUAAUUUUCACAGUAACAUAUCGAUAUUUCGAUUGACGGUUGAAAAAUAUAAAAAAUUGGCGUCCUUUUAAGCAAAACAAAUGUACAAAAACUUGAACCUGAACACGCUAAGCGUGGAUGACAUCGUGGAGGAGUACAAGCUGCUGCACGAUCGCCACCAGCAUCUCAAAGAUCAAAGUGAAAAGGAUGCGCAAAAGAUUUAUGAGCUGAAAAGGAAUUUGGACACCGCCCUCGCCGCCGAAUCGUAUUUGACCCAGGAACUGGAGCAACUGAGUAGCCAGCCGGUGGCCAGCAACUCUGAGGGGAAUUCCCAGGAACUGGAGGAACUGCGUCGAAAGUUCAAGACCCUCAAGGAGGAACAGGAUGGCCUGCAGCAAGAUUACGACGCCAAGGUGGAGGAGACCCAAGCACUGAAGGAUAAGCUGGCCGCUGCUGAAAAGGAACUGGCGGAUAAGACCGCCUCCAGGUCAAAUGAUCUCCACGAUGACUGUUCGGCCCGUUUGAAUGCCCUGGAACUGGAAAACUGCGAGCUGAUGCAAAAACUGGCGGAGUACGAGGAUUUGCGCGUCGAAAACACCCUGGCGGUGGCUGAAAGAGAGAAAACCAUAGAAUGUCUGAAAGAUCGGGUGAGCUGCAUGGAACAGAAUCUGAACUGCAAGCGGGAUGAACUGGAGGAGAAGCUGCAAUUGCUGGAGAGCUGCCAGGAGCAGCUGGUGGAUGCGAAUGCCAAGAUAGCACUGCUCAAUUCCGCCCCUGAAAACAAUGAUCGCAAGGGCAACUCUCUGUUCGCCGAGGUGGACGACCAAAGGCAAGCGAUGAAGCAGAUCCUGGCGGCCCAGAAAAAGAGCUAUCUGGAAAUGAAGAAGACCUUCACGGACAACCAGUUUGAGAUCAGACGUCUCAAGCGGGAAAACGUGGCCAUGCACACGGAGCUGCAGGCCUGCAGCACAAUCUUUUGCAGUGCGGACAAGACUUAUCAAAAUAAACUGAAUGAGCGCAUCCGGCAGCUGAUGGCUGCCAACGACAGCCUGGAACAACAGCUAAAUAUCUCCCAGGAGCGGCUGCGCCAGAUGGCCAGCGAGAAGUCGGUCACCUGGCUGGACUCGAUGCUGGAUUUCUGCAAACGCGAAACGGACGAGCUGAAGGCGCAGCUGCACAGCAUGCGCAUCCAAAAGGCCGGACUGGAGGAGCGAAUGCGAUCCGUCCAGCAGGAAAUGGCACGCUGGCGCUUUGAGUCCCUCAAAUCCCGCUGUGUGCUCAUUGACCGCGAAAAUCUGCUGACGGAACAUAAGAUCAGUUUCAAGCCCAUGCAGGCCAUGGAGUUCAACAUCAAGGAGGCGGAACUCAAAUCUGCGUUGCCUCGCAUUGUCAGUGUAGCCGCACAAUCUCCCUUAUCAUCAGCUCUCUUCCAUUCUCCAAAAACAUCUUUUAAAUCGGCUACAGAAACCACAACCAAGUCUCUUCCAACUGCAGCUGAAAUUAUUGUUCUUGAUACGCCCUUAAAAGACGUCAAACAGGAAUUGGUGGAGCCUCUUAGUCAUGAAUUAAAGCCAGCACUAAAAGACACAUCCGUAAAAGUCGAACAGGAACUAGAAGAAUCCGCAAGCAAUACUGAAAGACCUAUUAGGACAAUUAUGGGUGUUAAAAUAAAGCGGGAUAUCGAUUUAAACUUGGAACAGAAAGACGCGGUUGAUGUCAAAGAGGAGUUGGAAGCUCCAGAACUAAUUCCCAAACCGCAGGCGAAAGGCACUCCAGUCAAAGACAAAAAUGAUAAAGUAGCACUUCAAAUGAACAUCCACCAAGAUGAUAAAGAAGAAACGGAUCUGAGUAUCAAGGAAACCCCAGUCAAACCUUUGAUGAAGGGUACCCCAGUUAAGCAACGACUAGGAGGCAUAAAAGUGAAGUCCAACGAAGAAUUGCUGGGUGCAAGACUGCCUGGCAUACUAACGCCUGCUAAGCCGCAGCGCAAGGGCACUCCAGUGAAGCUCAUAAAGUUGGAAAUGGAAACUGAAGACAGUGGCGAAGAGGCGUCCAAGGAAUCUCCCAUCAAGCCAGAUGGCACUUUGAUCGUUGAAAUGCUGGACAGUCCCUCGCCACAAAAGCCUCAGCGCAAAGGAACUCCUGUGAGAAUUCCCGUCAGCAAAAACUCGAACGAAAACUUGCGUUCCAUCCUCAGCAAAAAACGGCAAGUCUUCGCCGAAGAUGCGCAAAAGGCGGUGAAGUUUAGCGCAGACGAUCCCAUUGUCCACAAUUUAAGUCCGCUUGAGAGAGGUCGAACUGGGGAAACCACCAAGGAAAAUGACAAGCCAAAAGAGAUUGUAGAUAACCAGGACGCAAAACCCACAAUUAUGAAACCAAACAUCAUUCGGCGUAUUGUCGUGAGCUCCCGUAAACCAACUAUGAAAUGAUUGCAUGAUUCCGAAAGGAAAUUUAAAAUCGAACUUAGACUUAGAAAAACAUAACAAUUAAUUACAACGCAGGGCACAGCAAAUCAUUUUUACUUUCGUUAAUCCUAAAAGCAUUACUAUUAUUACACUACGAACUAAAAACUUAGCAAUAAAAACAAAAGAACAGAUUAUUAAUACA